AUGGUGGCCAUCAAGAUUCGAAUGCAGUACCUCCGGGGUCAACUGGCCAUAAUCCGCAGUGGGAAAGGCGCUGCCAUCAUGGCUCCUGGAGUUAAGAGAAUAGCUCUAGAGUUCCCAUUUAAAAAUCAAAACGGCGCCAUGGGACCACGAAAGUUUUGGCAAAAAUACAUGCCAGCUUUAAAAUACCAUAAUCCGAAUGUCCAAAUGGAUGUUCACCGGUCUAGGGAUCCAAUGACACCUUCAACGCUCACAAUUGAAUUUGAUGGCGAUCGAAAGGAGGUCCUUAAUGUACAACACAAAGAUAAUACCGACAUUUGCACCACCGUACUAGAGCUCACAAAGGCCACCCCAGUCCCCACAUCUGAAGAAGACGCCGCACUCAUACGAGAGUAUGAACAAUUGAAGAAGCGUGAUAUACAGAAAGUCAAGAACAGGGAAUCUAGGAUAGCAGCGGAGAAAGAGGCGAAACGAACGGGUGCAGGAAAAUCACCGCUGAUGUCAUAA